AUGCAGACGUGGAACGUCAGCACGUUUUUGGGACAGUGUUCUCCUGUAAACAGCAUACUUGAAAUAUCCAUGGCAGAGCCGAGUAAAGUGGAAUUAUACUGUUUCGGACCGGGCGAAAUCCCACUCCGUCUGAAUGCAGUUAUCUCUGACAGACUCGAUGCGAAUAUUCUUACACAGUAUGGACUUCAAGCAUUGCAAGGUAUUCAGAAUGAGAUCUCUCCCACCGAGAGAAUGCUUUACAGCACUGAAGGUGCCAGAUAUACCGUCCGCGACGUGGUUAAACUCCAGAUCUGGAGAUCCAGAGAAGCUAGAAGUGUGAAACUUGAUUUCCACAUUCUGCUGAAUAAUGAUACAUUCGUGCAACGCAGUACCCAUGCAAUCCUCGCUGGAAACGCCUUCAUGAGCAGAGCAACUGGUACGAAUGGAGUUCCUGUGGCUGUGACUCGAGUCAAGGAGUUGACUGAAGAGGAAAAGAAAAAACAUGAGGAAGAGGAACGACAAUGGCGGGAAUUUGUAGUGGAACGUGAUAGAAGACGACGCGAGCGUGAGCGAAACCAGAACGACCCAAGAAAUCAAACAGUGGCACCAAGAUGA